AUGGGGCAAGUUGUUAGUUCUCACUCCACCUCCAUUAAACAAUUGGAGUCUCAACUUGGCCAAAUCUCAACUAUCCUCAACCAAAGGCAAAAAGGCACACUCCCUAGUGAUACGGUUGCAAAUCCAAGUAAUGAUGGUGAUCAUAAAUGCAAUGUAAUUACUGCUAAGAGUGGCAAAACAAUUGGGGAAGAGGAAUUGGUGAAAGAUGAUGUGUUGGUAGAUGAUGAGAAAAUGGUUAAAGAACCCAUUGUUGUUGAAGAAGAAGUGACUCCAAAGAAGAAGCGGGCUAGUAUUGAAAAGCCCAUUGUUGUCGAAGAUGCUCCGGAAAUUGAUAAUGCUUCAAAAGGCAAGGAAGCGAUAAAGGAGGUGCCAAGGGAUUCACCAUUGGUUCUAAAGCCUCCUUCUCCAUUUCCUCAACAAUUGGCAAAGAAAGCGGAUGAUGGAAAAUUUCUCAAAUUUAUAGAGAGAUUGAAAGGGCUUUCAAUUAACAUUCCCUUGGUGGAAGCACUUGAACAAAUGCCUCGUUAUGCCCAAUUCAUGAAAGAUCUUAUGACCAAGAGGAGGCAUGCUAGUUUUGAAACAAUAGGAGUUACACAUCAUUGUAGCUCUAUUGUGAAAAAGUCCUUGGUUCAAAAGAAAGAAGAUCUGGAAGCUUUCACCAUCCUUUGCACAAUUGGAAUGUAUAAAUUUGGCAAAGCACUAUGUGAUCUUGGAGCAAGCAUUAACUUGAUGCCGCUUGCUAUUUUUAACAAACUGGGGUUGGGGACUCCCUGA